UCUAGCCAACAAUUUUCUUUCUAUAUAUGUUUAUAUGAUUGGGUCACUUGAGAGUUUAUUAUAAAUUGGUGGAAAUGGGCUUCCAACUGAAUCACAAUGACACUAAUAAAUACAACUGGGAGUUGCUUUGAAUGAAUAAUUUCCACCAUCAUUUGGAAGCAUUUUCCAGUUCAAAGGACGAGAGGAGAAGACGGGUCAGACGAGGAGGCGGAGAGAGUAACAACCAGGGGGGAGGAGCGUUAACCAGUAAAAUAAUGAGGCAGAUAUUAGAUACAGAUCAUUGGGACACGCUGUAACAUCCGUGCUUCUGAAUUCAUGACAUGGCAACAAAAAUCCUCUAUUUCACCGUGAGCGGGAAACCGGAGAAGGCUGAGUUCCCGGUGGAUUGCCCUGCCCAGGAUGUCAAAGAUCUCUUCCGCUCUGCAGCUGAGGCCGGACCCCACGACAUCCUGAAGCUGUACAACCCCAAAGGCAACAUCAUCAACAUCUCCCCGGGUUUAGAGCCCAACAGCCCGAGCUGCUGCUACAAGCUGGAGGUGGUGGCCUUACACAUGCAUAUCUGAUGUUUGAAGAGCUCACUGAUGAUGUGUGACUUCAGACUGCAGGGCCUGGAGAAGAAGAUCCUGACGGAGGCUGGGGAGACGCCUGCAGUCGUGAACGAGAUGAUGAAACAGGUGGAUUCAUUCCGGGAGAAACUGGAGAGUGUGGAGCAUUUGAGUUGGCUUGGCUUGUUUAAAGACCUGUCCGAGGGAAACCACAAGCCCUCCCCCUUCUACCACAAGAGAACCCUGCGCAAAACCAGGGAGGAGUGUGAGCAUGUGCGGGAAAAGUUUCUUCAAAUGAGCUCCCUGGAGGUAUCAGAGGAAGUGAGGCAGUAUUUAAAGACCCCAACCUUUGAUAACUGGCAGUGGGAGGACGCAGAGAUCAUGGUGCUCCUGCAGGUCAUGUACACAGAUCUAGAUUUCAUAGCCACGUUCAACAUUGAGCCUGAGGUGCUGCAGCAGUUUCUGUUCGAGGUUUACCGAAGAUACAACAACAUCCCGUUUCACAACUUCAAGCACUGCUUCUGUGUCACCCAGAUGAUGUAUGGUCUGAUCUGGCUGACGGACCUGAGGAGUAAGCUGGAUGCCAUCGACCUGCUGAUCAUGCUGACCUCUGCAGUGUGCCACGACCUCGACCACACAGGAUACAACAAUGCCUAUCAGAUAAAUGCUCGGACUGAACUGGCUCUUCGCUACAACGACAUCUCUCCCCUGGAGAACCAUCACUGUGCUGUAGCUUUUGAGAUCCUGGAGAAGACAGAGAACAACAUCUUCAGGAAUCUGCCGAUGGAUAAAUACAAGCAGACACGAGAGGGAAUCAUCAAAUGCAUCCUGGCCACUGACAUGACGAGCCACAACGACAUCCUCAGCAAGUUCAAGGCCAUCCUGCCGACUUUCCACUUCACCAACAAGGACCACAAAGAUGUGCUCAUGAUGAUCCUGAUCAAAGUCAGUGACAUAUCCAACGAGGCUCGGCCCAUGGAGGUGGCUGAGCCCUGGCUGGAUUGUCUUCUACAGGAGUUCUACAACCAGAGUGACGUGGAGAAGCUGGAGGGUCUCCCAGUGACUCCCUUCAUGGAUCGGGACAAAGUCACAAAACCUUCUUCUCAAACCGGCUUCAUCCGAUUUGUUCUCUUGCCGCUCUUCAUCGAACUGGCCAACCUCUUCCCCUGCCUGGAGCACCACAUAAUAGACCCCGUCCGGAAGGCUCUGGACUACUACACCGAGAUGGAGAAAGCUCUGGAAAGGGAGAAACUGAACCGGGCUCAGAUUGAGAACGCAGCCAAGAGCAAGGACCCGGCACCGAGCACAGCAGGGAGCCACGUGGAGGCCGGACCCGAAGCCUCCAGAGCACUCACACCGCAGACUGUGGUGGGCGACACCUGAGAACUCCUCACGAGCAUCUCCUCUAAACCUGGUGCAACUUUAUAUAAUGAAAGAAAUUAAUCUGCAGCAACAGAAUCUGAACCUUAAGCACAAACACUGCAGCUGCUCCGAGCUGUUGAGCUUUGGUGAUGCAGAAUGAAAUGUUAUGUGAUGAUUUGGGACUUUUAAUUUAUGAUUCCACUGAACAUUUCAAUACAAAUUUCUAUAUUAUUUGGUCCUGAACUUCCUUGGGAUGCCAGGCUUUUAUUAGUCUUUUAUCUCUAUUAUUAUGAUUAUUAUUAUUAUUAUUUCUAUUAUUAUUUAUG